AUGACGUCAGAAAUGAUUGAUGUGAUAAUGGCUGUCAUUCGUAAAUCACGUCAUUUGCAAGUGCUGCAAUUGAAGAACUGUGCUCUUCCGCGAGAUUUUAUCACGCUGUUUGCCUCAGCUUUACAGCAAAAUCCUACUAUACCACUGGAAGCGCUGGAUUUAUCGAAAAAUGUGCUUGAUGAUAAGAAAGGUUUUGUCCUGUUGUCUGGAGUUCUCCCACGAUUGACCUCCCUGCGUCAAGUGAAUUUUUCUGAAUGUGGUCUCAGUGAAAAGUGUUCACAGUUGUUCUGCAGUGGAAUUUAUUCUGCAUUGACGGCAAAAUCCAACAGUGGAGCAAUACCGAGUUUAACAGAGUUAAACUUCUCCACAAAUGUUUUGAAGGAUGAUGUGUCUUCACUGGUCAAUGUGGUUUCCUUGUGCACCACUCUGCGGGUCUUGGACUUAACUGAUACCGGCUUCCCACUGGAUAAAAUCUGGGCUGCACUGAAAUAUGGAGGCCUUCAGAUAGAAAAACUUUAUCUCGGUGGAUGCUAUGCUGGGAAGAAAGCCGCUGAGUGUGCACAGCAAGUGAAGGAAUUUUUCUCGAUGGCUGUGAAUUUGUCUGUCAUCAACUUUGUUAACACGAUAUUACCAGCAGAACUGAUGAAAGCAAUGCUUCUUGGAUUGGCUAGUAACCAACAGUUGAAGCCGUUUCAUCUGGACAUUAGUGGCACCUGUGAAAAGAAUUGUAGCGCAGUGUUGGAAGCGUGUUUAGGAGGUGUUCAGUGCAACAGCAUUUCUUUGAGGGAUAACAACUUGGAGACAGAAAUGCAGGCUGUUAUCCAUGCACUUGGCAACAUCAAAACUUUACGUCGUGUGGACUUGGGUGGAGCGAAUUUGCUUGCACUGCGCCGUUCAUCAAAGCAAGCCCAUGCUGCGGUUAUCAAUAAGACGAUUCUUGAUCUAGUGAAGUUGUUCUCGGACGAUUCUUGUCUGGAGGAGUUGAUCUUGUCAGAUGCACGGCUCGGACCUCAUCUGAGUGUCCUUCUGAAUACACUCGGAGCAACAACUUCUCUUCGAUUACUUGACAUAUCCAAUAACGACUUGGGACAUUUUGGAGCGAGAAUACUAUCUAAGGCUCUUCAACUGAAUGUCUCUUUACGAACGGUUGUAAUCGACAAUAAUCACUUGGGCGUUGAGGGACUGAGCGACAUAGCAACAGCGCUGAGCAUGAACAAGACCCUCACUCAAAUACCGUAUCCCGUUCAAGAUGUUUGCGAAUGCUUAGGAAGAGCUGGUUGUGAUCGUGCACGACUUUUGUCAGCGAUGACACAAAUGGAGUCUUAUUUGGAAAGGAAUCGUUCACCCGCAAACUCGGACUUCGCUAAUUUCCGAAUCAAUACUAUGGCAUGUUUCUCUGCAAAAUGCCAUCAGAGCGAAUACAUAAUUCUCUCAAGUUUUCAGGGAGUAGACCCUGGAAGUUUGGAGAAAUGGGAUGGUUUUGGAGAUAUCCUAAACAGUACGAUAGAGGAAGCGUUUCCACAUCGUUUGGAAGAUAUGGUAGAGGAUUUCGUUGAACAGGUAUCGUUGAGUUCUAUCAAUAGCGUGGAAUUGAUCUUCACACUACGUACCUAUGAAACAGAACCAUGUGCAUUCACUGAACCACAGGCUAAUAUCGAUAGGGACUCUUUCUAA